AUGACUGAAGAAAAGGCCCAGCAAAGCACCCUUGAGAAUGUGUCAUACGCAAGAAGCCCUAUUAAUGGUGAGAUAAUGACUCUCCCUACAGCAGCCGAGGAAAAGGCCGUACUGCGCAAGCUGGACUGGCAUAUACUGCCCCUUCUGUUCCUUGUCUACACCUUUUCCAACUUGGACCGCAGCAACCUGGGCAAUGCUCGUCUUGCAGGACUCCCACAAUCUGUAAAUCUUGAGGGUAAACGCUACGACUGGCUUGGGACAGCAUUUUAUAUCUCAUAUAUUUGUUCGCAGUGGACGGCAGUUGGGUUCAAACGUUUUCCUCCACAUAUUUGGGUCUUCUGCGCUGCCAUCGGAUUUUCGACCAUAUCGGCUUGUCAAGCCGCUGUCACCAACUACCCUAGCCUGGUUGCCCUUAGGGUGCUGCUCGGUUGCUUCGAAGGUAUGUUUUCAGGCGUGCCUUUAUACCUUUCCUUCUUCUACCCGAAAGAAAAGGUGGGCUUUCGCCAGGGUAUAUUCCUCUCUGGCUCUGCCCUCGCGAAUGCUUAUGGAGGCGUUCUGGGCUAUGCUAUUCUGGGGAUCCGGGGUCCAGUUGCGCCCUGGCGAUGCUUAUUCCUUAUUGAAGGGCUGCCAGUUUGGAUCGUUGCCGUUCUGGUCUGGCUGUAUCUUCCGGACGAUCUUAUCAGCGCCAGGUUUCUCACCGACAGAGAAAAAGAAGUGGCUUGGCAGUGUAUUGCGCGUGGACAGACUGUCGACUCACAAGGUGUUGGAGGGGUCAGCUGGGUAGAAUGGCGUUCAGCAUUCUUUGACUGGCGUAGCUAUGUGCCUGGACUCAUGUACUUUUGUUGUAACGUAUGCUUCGGCUCGCUGCCGCUCUUCGUUCCGACUAUCAUUUCCGAGAUGGGCCAUUUUGAUCACCAAGCAAGCAAUGGCCUUUCUGCUCCCCCAUACGGUCUCUGCUUUGUUAUGAUCCUACUGUGCGCUUUUGCUAGUGACCGUGCCAAAGUAAGGGGUCCGUUUGUGGCUGCCGCGGCCACGGUAUCGACAAUAGGAUACUGCCUUCUUGGUGUUUCCUCGGCGGUUACUACUCGAUACAUUGGAGUCUUUCUCAGUGUUCAAAUAUUUGUCAGUAUCAGCAUUCUUCUUCCAUGGGUCUCUAGCGUGCACCGUACUGAGAGUAAGCGCGCUGGUGGAUGGGCAAUCUUUGCUACGCUGGGCCAGUUUGGGCCCUUGGUAGGAACCAACAUCUUUCCGAAAGAUCAGGGUCCUUACUAUCACAAGGGCGCAUGGAUAUCGUGUGGGUUUACAUCAGUGGUUAUCCUACUCAGUUUGUCGUACUCAAUGUUGCUUUGGUUGGAGAAUAGACGGAUGGACAAAGCAAUGAUUGCGGAAGCAGUUCCGGAAAUGGAAGAAGACAAUCAUCCCAGGGGGUUCCGAUAUGUCGUCUAG